AUAAAUGCUGGUACGUUGAGUGAACAAGUGACUAACUCAGUUAGAAUUCAAACUCUAGUAUUUGCAUGCACUGUUCCUGCUUCAAUGGCAUUACGCAAGCUUUUCGUGAUGGGGGUAUUGCUGCUGGUUUGCCUAGCUAAGGUUUCAUCUGAUGUUGACAUAGAAAAGGAAGAACAUGAGGAACUUCACUAUCCUGAUGACCCGCUUAUUGUGAGAGACGGGAACAGAAGGCUAAUGCAAGACAUAGAUUGUGGAGAAUUGUGCAAGUCAAGGUGCAGUGCGCAUUCUCGACCAAACGUGUGCCAUAGGGCUUGUGGCACGUGCUGUGUGAGAUGCAAGUGUGUCCCACCUGGUACCUCAGGCAACAGGGAACUCUGUGGGGCUUGCUAUACGGAUAUGACGACCCAUGGCAACAGGACUAAGUGCCCUUAGACCCAGUAAAAGCCCAUAGAAGGUGAGCCCAAUCAAUUGGGCCCACCUUCACGCACCGGAUCGAAUCACCAAGCAAGCAACUAGUGUAGUUUUUAGUAAAUGGGUGUAGGUAACAUGUGUUAUGUACACUCUUGUAUUUAUGGAUAUGUGAUCUUAAGACAGUGUUCUAGUUUUUACCUUUUUAAUGGUAUGGUACGGUUUCAUCCAAGUAUAUAAACUUUGCGCUUGGAUUGCUUAAUAUAUGUAUAAAGCAUCGCAUUCCUUUCUAAUUCGGGCUUCGUUCAUCAUCUA